GAUGGGCUGGGAGUUCGCGCCCUCUCUCUUAUCUGGAGGAACACAAACGAACGAAACGGAAACGAAUGGCGGAAUCUAAACCUCAAAUCCACUCGACCUGGGCGCCGCUGUCUCGAGCCAUCGCCGCUUUCGACCAUGGCUUCCAUGGCGUCUCUCCUCUCGUCCUCCAGCUCUCUCUUCUCCCGUUCCUCUGCUGACUUCUUUCCCCUCGCCGCCAAAACCCUAGUGAGAAAGCCUCCGACCCGAAGCGCCCCAUGGAUCAGGGCCGCGAGCUCCGCCGAGCCGGAGAAGGAGAAGCUUGUCCAGACUCCCACUGAAGUGCCGCCGUCCCCCGUCUCCUCUCCCAAGCCAAAGAAGCCCGAGUACUCAAUGAAGAAAGGGCAAAUUGUACGCGUGGACAAAGAGAAGUACCUAAAUAGCAUCAAUUAUUUAUCUGUUGGCCAUCCACCUCACUAUAAAGGGUUGGACUACAUAUAUGAAGACCGUGGUGAGGUCUUGGACGUACGGAUCUUUGAAACUGGGGAGCAUGCUCUUGUUGCUUGGGUUGGGAUACCAACCCCACCAGCAUGGCUGCCUACUUAUAUGCUUAUCAAGUCAGAAAAGCUUAACUAUGAGAGAAUAUGACCUUGGAACCCCUACUGCAGUAUCUGGCAAUGUCAAAUGGUGCUCUUUGCUCUCCUUACUCUCGCAGCCCACAAGGAGCAUUAAGACAUUUUUUCUGAGAAUUCCUGUUGGUUGUUGAUGCAAGGUGGGUGCAUUCAAUAUGGUCCUCUGAUUGGGCAUUCUUAGCUGUUUUUCUUGUCUAGCUGAAUUCCUGUGGCGAGCUAGGUCAAGAUUUGUGAUUAUGAUCGUCAUUGGUUGCUCGAACACAGGGCAUGGGCUGUCUUGUUGUGAAAUAUCAGACAUUAUCCCUGUGAAAUAAAAAUGCUAUUUGGUUAAAAUUUACAUGUGUGAUUCAGCUAUAGCACUUAAAUCUUGAUAUCUCUAUAUUUUGUAUCAUACUCAGGUGCUGCGCUUAACCAGUAUUGCUUUCAAGCCA